CGUGAAUCGGAUGUAAACGGGGAUAAAAGAUACAGAUUUAUUUCUGCUUUUCGACGUCCAACAUUACCCAAUGGGAAAUAGAUUCACACAUGAAAGUUCAAGAAAUGUGACUGAAGAGGACUAUGAAGAUUUGGAUAUGGGGACACCGGGACUUCUUGCAGUUCUAGUGAUGUUAUUCGGUUACAUAAAACCUGCAAAGUCAACUCCUCUCCAACCAAUCUGUGACAUCCGGGUGCUGGACAAUUACAUUAGAGAAGCAAAGAAUGCUGCAAAUUCAGCGAAACAGUGUGAGGACACCUGCGCACUCCCAGGAAACUUCACCCUUCCAAAAACCAGCGUCAGCUACAGAGAAUGGGCAGCAAAGGAUUUGGGGACAAAAGCCGAGGAGGUCCAGGGUGGUCUCAAGCUGCUUGCUGCCGCAGUCCAGAAGGCCCAGAACAUGACGGUCAACAGCAACAUGCUGUAUCUAAUAGAGAGGAGCUACAGUAACAUCUGCAGCAUUGUGCAGAUGGUGAAGAGCUUUGCACCUGUUAUCGUUAAUGGGGAACAGCCACCUGUACAGACCACCUUUAACAGCAGAACAGUGAGAACCAUCUUUCACGUCUACUUAAAUUUCUUACAAGGGAAAGUCAGACUGUUUUUCCUUGACACAGAAGCCUGUAAUCUGGCCACAAGCUGAUGGCCCAGAUCAACACCAGCAGACUCUGAAGGAGCUUCCCAUGCAAAUUAUAAACUGUAGCCUUUGCAAUAGUAAAAGCACAAAAAUGUAUAGCACCAAUAAGGAGUGGCGAGAGAGGGAGAAACAAAUGAGUGGGAAGAAGAGCACGGCUAGUUCCCGUGGGAUACAAUGGUGGAAAGGACAGCUAAUCAUCCAGCUCUAGAGAACUUGGCCAGAGACUCUUAAUCCAGGUGCUGAGGAUUUACAAUGCUUUGAACUCAAAGGCGAGAGAGAAAGAGAGAGCGCUGCACCCAAGGACCCAUUUGAAUGUGAUAAACCUCUCUGAAUGAAAGUGUCUUGUUUAUUGAUGGGACAACCUGCCGUCAAGGGCACCAUUUUGUUCUGUAAAGCUUCUGUGAAUAUGGGACGUAAGAUUUUAAUGUCUUUAGCUCUGUCACCAUAUUAGUCCUCUGGCCACUGUUAUUGCUUAACUCACGGAUUAAAGUUCACUGGUAACCCGGUAGAAGUAGUAAAAGUGGACGACUUCGGUCAAAUGUUUUGUGAGGAUGGUGAGUUCAACACUACUGCUGAGUCACUGUAGUUCAGCACUGUGAACAUUAAACUAUUCUAUAUAUUUAAACAAAUGUUUAAGUCCUGCUCAGGCUCUGGUUUUCAACAGUUUAAUUUCUCCUUCUUGCUCUGUGUAUGAAAUCCUUGAACAAGCCAGUUUUGUUAUUCUUCAGGGUACAGUAAAACUCUGAUAAUCUGGAAUGCUCGGGACUUUGUUGCUGGACUGGCAGAUUUUCUGGACUAUUGGAUAUUUAAUACCCCAAUGCACUUUUUUUUAAGAUGUAAUGCAGUAUUAUUUAAAAAAAGGAAUUCACUAAACCAGACAGAGUGCAGGAACUGGAGUCCUGUCAGUGGGAAGGGUGUGUGGCAAAUGUCACGUGGUGAGCCAUUGAGAUUUCCAAAUAAUUUGAAAGUGGAUUAUGGGAGUUUUACUAUAACUACCCACCGGCAGCAUGGUACU